UGUUAUGCGCAACGAAAUUUGUUAUUGUUAAUGUAAAUGUUUUGUUGAAUUUUUUUUUUUUUUUUUUAAAUUGUAACAGAAAAUUUAAGUACAUAAUACUAGAUAUAGUCUUCAGUGUUGUUAUUAUUGAGGAAUUAAUGAUACAAUGUCGAUUGUAGCCAAUUCACCCCGAAACGGUACAAAUGACUGUGUUGAUGCCGAUAGUUCUGAAAUGGAUGACGACAAAGAGGGUGAUGAAAAUGCUUCAGACGAAGAUACAGCAGAUGCCAGUGAAACUGAAGACAAACCAAAAGCUCCAAAUCAAAAUGCUCCACCCAGCACAGUGCAGAGGACAGAGAUUAAAGAGCAAAUGUAUCAGGACAAGCUGGCUCAAAUUAAAAAGCACAUAGGAAUGCUGCAAGAAGGCUCUCUGCCUGAAUUUCUGAAGCGGACCAAAAAAAUUGAGCUGCACUAUAGAGAAAGGCUCAGGCAAAAUGAAAUUAGCAAGUCAGUGGAGAUUGAGAGAGCUGAUAAAAACUAUCAAACUGAUUGUAACAAUGCUCAAAAAGAAUUUGAGAAAGAGCGAGAGGCAUUGAAGGAAAGAUUACUAGAACAGUAUAAGGAGAAGAAAAUUGAUAUGAAAGAAAGCCUGAUUAGUGACUUAAAAGAAAAGAGAGGCCUGAUUGAGCUGGAGAGACAGACUGUAGACUUAAAUGGUGCUGAUUUUAUGGAAGUUAAACCCACAAUGACAAGAAAACUUCGGAGACGGCCUAAUGAUCCAGUUCCAAUCCCAGAAAAGCGAAGAAAGCCUUCACCAGCUCAAGUCAGUCUGUUGUUGGAUGAUGAGCAAAUAUCAGCUGAUCUCAGAGUGCUACUUAAGGUCAGUGGCAAACCAGUGGCUAAAAAACAAGUUUUAACAACUCCUGGUCCGGUCACUGAAAACACGUCAGAUGUCAGGAUAGAGGAUGGCAGACUUUGGUAUGAUAAAAAAUGGUUUCAGAGGAAUACAAUGGUACAGAUAGACAGUAAAGAAGGAGGGCCCAGAAUUUACGGAACUAUUACAAAUAUUGGAAAUCAAGAGAUCUGGAUUAAAAGAAGUGGUGACAACUCCAAACUGCGUAUUUAUAUCUCUCAGUUUCAUAAAGGGAAAUUUGUGAUGAAAAAAAGGACUACUUAAUAUAAAAUGUGUUUAUAUUCUUCCACCAUUCCUGAGUGUCAUGAAGUGAAAAUUCAUACUGGAAGACAAUGUAGAUAACAACUACUGUCUCAGACAGUGUUUAUAUGUAAAUAUUAAUAUACUUUUAUUAUUUCUGAUUGUUUUUUUAUGGAAGUAAGGGUUUAUAUACCUUCUUUUUAUGUCAGAAACCUGGAAAGGGUUAUUUUCCUGCUCUGAUUUAAUACAAGGCAGAGGUUACAUGUUGAAGAUUGGUAGUUCCUUAUGUCAUUACUUUUCAAUAAUCUGCUGUACUAAAAGUUACAUGUUUAAGAUUGGUUGUGUUACAAGAGAAUGAUAUAAUACUUGUGAUUGUGACACCAGAAAGUUUAGAUACAUCCAACCAUUUACAGUAGUUUUAUUAAGAUGCCUGUACGCUCAUUUCUUGUAGGCUUGUCAUCCAUAACAGUAGUACUUGCAACAAUUACAGGAACUAAUUGCGAAAAUGUCAAUAAAAGGACUUCUUGUCGAUUGUAAUAAGAUGAGGUCUAUUUCCAUGAUAUCAAUGCAAUUUGCAUGAUCAUAUUUGAUGAACAGAAUAACUUCCUGCUUCACUUAAAUACUUUCACAUCACACAAAGUUCAUUGUUUGACUUCACAUAAGAUUAAUAAGUUCAACUUAUAAACUUCAACAAAUAAUUUCAACUCAAACUAAGUACUUCUUCUUGUGACUACAUUCUUGUAAUGACUUCCUUCAAUUACAUACUUGUACUGCUUACUGUUCAACUAACAUUCUCAAACUCCUUUUGUAGACUCUCAGUCUCUCAUACUUCUGCUCAUACUUAAUCAUGUUCACUAUUUACUUUUUCACACUCCAUAUUCACAAACAUCACUAAUGUACAAUAAGAUCCAAUUUGUUCACUAUUUUGACUGUGACAGGUUGUUCCUUAUGCCUUUGCUUUCUGCUUUUCAGAAAUCUCUAAUAAAAAGAAUACUUGUAAAUUUUUAGUGUAAAUAGACAUUCAAUUUUUUAAAAUUUGUCAUCCUUAUUAAAACUGAUAUAAAUCUCCAUUGUUUUGAGUGACAGCAUUUUAGAUUAAAUUUGUUUGUCCAUAAAUAUACUAGUACUAUCAUUAGUUUCAAAGAAGGUCAAGUGGGCUAAACACAAAUUGGAGCAGUGAGUCUCUAUUGUACUUCAUCAGUGCUUUUAAAUCAUUCAGCUAGUAUUCAGUCCAGCUAUUAUGUCACUGCAAUUUAUUCUGUUAUUUAUUUUAUUGCAGCUACAUGAGAAUAAAUAAAUUAAUUAAUAAACAUUUUGAUAUUUCAAAGAGGUAACCCCUCCCUUCUUAAGAGCCCAAGAUCUACAUGGUAAAGUUUCUUUGAGCUAUCUCUAAAAUUAUUAAGAUAAGUGCUUGACUAGUAAAUGUAUACAAUCACUGGAAGCAUUUAGUAUGCUGCACAAUCUUCCAGUGCUUUUGAAAUGUUUUAGACUAGAUCAAAUAAGCAUGUUUGAACUUAUUUUUUUAAGUUUCAUUUUUUUUAUGCCAUUCUCAGUUUCAUUCAGGAUGCACUUUUUAAUUUAUCUUAUUCAAUGCAGUUAGAAUUUUGUUUCUGUUAUAUUAUUUAUAUGUACCCGUAUGUAAAAAAAGAAAUAUUUGAAAUUUUUUAAAUAUUAAAUUUAUCUGUAUAAUUUGGGCAUAAUGUUUUGUUUUAAUCUUCUAAUGAUAAAUAAUUACAUCAGAAAAAAAACUAGGACCAUCAUGAAGAAAGUCUGGAGCAUAUACCACAUGACCAGGCAGACCUUUUAAUUAACCUUGAAACAGGCAACAGUGUUACUAGCUACAAUAUUACAAGCUCAGUAUGUAAAUAAUUACUGUUAAAAGCUAAUCAACUUAAUGUCAGCAAUAUUUUUUUCCUUUUAAGCAACAGAGUUGAUUUUGUAAAAAGAAAAAAAAUAAUUAUAAGUGAGAUGAAUACAUUUAAAUUAUCUUUGGAACAAUAAUAGGACUUUUUUUGUUUCUGUGUACAUGUAUUAUAUGUCUUAUGUACAUGUUGUAUUAUAUGUAAAGAAAUAUUUGGUGGUUUUUAUCUUGAUAAUUUGCUAUAAGUUCUCUGGGUUGUCUUUAGGCAUUUAUCAAAAUCUUUCAAUCAUUUCAUAUAGAUUUUGUUUACUAAAAACAAGUCAUUGUUCCAUAUGAUGCAGUUAAUAAAAUGUCCUUUAUUAAAAUAAAACAAAUAAUUUUGUUA